ACUGUGAGGAAGUACCCAGAAGUCCGUUAUCUGCCUGAAAGUGAAAGAAAAAGAAUAUGAUAACCGGAGGUGCUGGGUUUGUGGGCUCUCAUCUCACUGAUCGGCUGAUGAUGCUGGAAGGUCAUGAAGUCACUGUGGUGGAUAAUUUCUUCACUGGCCGCAAACGAAACAUCGAGCAAUGGGUCGGACAUCCUAAUUUUGAGUUGAUCAAUCACGAUGUUGUCGAACCACUUCUCAUAGAAGUGGAUCAGAUAUAUCACUUGGCUUGUCCAGCCUCCCCACCCCACUACAUGUACAACCCUAUCAAGACCAUCAAGACAAGCUCUCUAGGAACACUCAACAUGCUGGGAUUGGCCAAGAGGACACGGGCAAGGCUCUUACAGGCAUCAACAUCAGAAGUAUAUGGAGAAACUACACAGCAUCCCCAAACAGAGGAGUACUGGGGUCAUGUCAAUCCCAUUGGACCUCGGGCAUGCUAUGAUGAGGGCAAGAGGGUUGCAGAGACAAUGUGCUAUGCCUAUGCCAAACAGGUAAAAGUCAUAAGUGAUGGAGUUGAGGUACGGGUGGCCAGAAUAUUCAACACGUUUGGACCUCGCAUGCACAUGAAUGAUGGCCGAGUUGUCAGCAACUUCAUCUUGCAGACUCUGCAGGCCCAGCCUAUCACCGUCUAUGGCCAUGGCAAGCAGUCUCGGUCAUUCCAAUACGUCAGUGAUUUAGUGGAUGGUCUGAUCAAACUGAUGAACUCCAACGUAUCCUCUCCUGUCAAUUUGGGUAACCCAGAUGAGCACACUAUCAUGGAAUUUGCCCAGAUUAUCAGGAAUAAAAUAGGAGGCAACAACAUCAUAAAGAAUGUGGCUGCUGCUGAGGAUGAUCCACAACGCCGUAAGCCGGAUAUUUCCAAAGCAAAGAAAGUGCUAGGCUGGGAACCUGUGGUGCCCCUUGACGAGGGCCUACAAUUGACUAUUGACUACUUCCGCAAUGAGCUGGAGCAUGCCAACAAGAUGAAGGAGGUGCCCAAGAACCCUGUGGAGUAAUACUCUGUAGAAUAUCUCCAAGUCUGCAGAAUUUGUAUGCAGUUACACUUUCAAAUUCGUAGUGGGUUUGGUUUAUUUCCAUACGUCACAAUAAAUAAUGGAACAGUUAUUUAUAUAAUGCACACUAGGGGGUGAUAAAUGGUGGAUACCAGGCAAAAGCAAAUGCUUGUACGUGGCCUGUUUCCUAUUUUGGCACAUAAAUACACGUACAAAUAUAAUUACAAAAUACAAAAGAGAAAAAAAAUACAAAAAGUAACUAGCUGAAGGUACAAAUGAAUUCUAGAAUUAAUAAGAAAUUAACAUAGAACAAAAUUUUGCUUAUAAAAAAGUAAGGUAACCAGUGUGCCGUGUGUGCUUCACAUGGCUUGUGACAAGUGCCCGGCAUAUUGGUCUUAUUGGGAACAUGUCACACACUGUUUUCUGCGUAGCAGCUCCACGUCUCUUUCUAUGCUCAUUCACUGGGGUCGUAAAUCCGCAAGUAACUGGCUCACAAUAUGGAUAUUAUGCAUCAGAUGAUUUUUUGCUUAGAAUGUUUUAUUCUUUAAAUGAAUUUACCUAUGAAACUUUUGAGUUCCUGCUGAUAUACACAUGUAUUUUUGGUUAAAACUUAUAUAGAUUUUACCCAUUAGUAUACAUGAUUCAGUAUUCAGGUUAUGUACAUCCAGUGCAUGUUGGAGAAUUUGGAGACAUUAUUUAUUCUUGGUGAUGUGUUGGCUGGUGCCAUAAUGUGUCGUGAUUUAAAUUUGUAAAUCACUUCAAUGAUUUGUAGAAGACCAGUAGAGAAUGAUUUAAUCUCAAAUUUUAUACAUAAAUUUAUAUGAUAAAUGGCAUACAAACUUUAUGUGGAUUUGUACAAUUUUUACAAUUUUCUAGAUUUUGAAUUAUGCUGAGUAGAUGUUUGGUUAAAUAUUUAGCCUACUUUAUGCAUGUAUGUGGAAUUAGGUCAUUGUAAAUGGAACUCAAUCACACUCGUGUUUGUUUCUAACAAGACUUCAACUUGUUGAACUAUUUUUUUUGUUUAAAGCCCAUCACAUUUGUUCAA